AUGCAGUCACGACAAGCCAUGGCUGACCGCGACGUUCACGGCGAUCACGAGGAGCCUGCCAAUGCGCGACACCACGCAGGACGUCACGAGAUCUUAAAGCCGUUCAUUCCCAGCAACGGUAAUCUAUACAAGCCCGAUGGAUGGCCUCUAGAGACCUUCGCGGAAAGAAGAACCCUUGCCGACUAUGUCGUUCGAGAAUAUGCAACCCUUCGCAAGCUCCGACCAAAGACUCGUUCAAGCAGCCUUCUUGCUUCGCACAGGAAAGCACUCACUGGGGUGGCAGCAUAUCUGGACAAGAUUAGGAAGAUGGAGGCAUCCGAACGACCCGUGAGCACCAAAGCGGAAGAGACAGAUCAAGAAAAGGAGAUGUCGCCGCCGCCAAACUUUCUAGCUGACUUUGAACUGCCCUCGCGAUCACAGAGCGUUAUCUCACCGGCAGACGAACUCGAAUCUCCACAGAUCCAGACUUCAGACGGCAUCGCCAAACUCCCCAGCGCCCUCAAACAAGAGUCCCUCCGCUCCGCCAAGUUCUACUGA